GCUCCGCGACCUUUCUUCCCACAGAGAAAUCCCAGCCCCGAGCGGCUGAGUCAGCUGUAAAUCCCCAGCAUCGAUCAGGCACUGAACGCGGAGCGGGGCGGCUGCGGAAGGGGAAGCAGGCUGCUCGAGGCUCUGCACGGAGGGAAGGCGCUGCGAGCCACGGCAGCACCAAAGCAUUGCUGGGGCUCCCACACGGACUUGGGGUGCAGAAACCACCCAGGUGGUUUCCAAAAGCACCGCGGAUUGAGGCGAAUCAUGGGAACAAGUGAAUUAGGGAAAGGCACCUUUUAGCUAAUUAGAGCUGAAUGCAAAGCCAGCGGUCCCCCCUCUUCCCUACAGUGAGCUCGGACCACGCAGCCCCCAGGAGCUGCAGAUGCCCAGCACAACGCUGCCGGCAGGGUGGGGGCAAAGCCAGCCCCCAGCAGCUCCCAACGUGGCAGCAAUGCCACCCUCCCCUCACCCAUCCUCAUCAGUGCUCAUCGUUGCCCCCACCUGCUCCCUCGUGCCCCCUCUGUGCUCGCCCCUCUCUCAUUUCCUUCCCUUCCUCUUCCUCCGCUCUGCUCUGCAUUGAAAAACCUUCCCUGCGGUGGGCCACAACAAUGUAAUUUACCCCAGUGGAAAAAAAAAACCAGCCCUUUUUCAGCCUAGCUGCUUCUAGUUCCCCAAGGGGAGAGACGUGACCUUAGCGAAAGGACUUUUCUGCUGGGGUAGAAGGGUUUCGGUGAGGAUCAGCCCCCUGCCUCUUCCUCCCAGGCCCCAGAACCUGCCUUGAGCAUCCGGCACCGGCCGUGCCACCGCCAUGGAGCCGAGCGCACGGGAGCCCCUGGUGAGGAAGCCGAGCUCCUCGUACCGAACCUUCCCCGAGGGCGUCAGCAAGAGGCUGGACAAGGAGUACCUGCGAAGCCUCCACAACAAGCGGCUCUACCUGGCCGUGUUCGCCGCCGUCCUCGGGAAUUUCAGCUUCGGCUUCGCCCUGGUUUACACCUCGCCCGUGAUCCCCGCCCUGGAGGCUCACCCCAACCCUGCGCUGAGGCUGGACAGGCACAAAGCGUCCUGGUUUGGGGUGAGGAGCGGGAUCGUCCCUGCUGUGGGGUGCACGCAGGGACAAUGGGGACCCACCAAAGCCCCUCUCUCUAUGUCCCCGCAGUCGGUGUUCACGCUGGGGGCGGCGGCGGGGGGGCUCAGCGCCAUGCUCCUCAACGACCGCCUGGGCCGCAAGCUGAGCAUCAUGUUCUCGGCCGUGCCCUCCGCCGUGGGAUACGCGCUGCUGGCCGGAGCCCAGGGCGUCGAGAUGCUGCUGCUGGGCCGCGUGCUGACGGGCUACGCCGGCGGCGUGACGUCCGCCUCCAUCCCGGUCUACAUCUCGGAGAUCUCCCACCCCGGCGUCCGAGGCAUGCUGGGCGCUUGUCCUCAGAUCAUGGCAGUGCUGGGCUCCCUCAUCCUCUAUGCGCUGGGGCUGAUCCUGGACUGGCGCUGGCUGGCCGUGGCAGGGGAGGUGCCGGUGCUGGCCAUGAUCCUCCUGCUCUGCUUCAUGCCCAACUCGCCCCGGUUCCUGCUCUCCCAGGGGAAGGAGGACGAGGCCCUGCAGUCGCUGUGCUGGCUGCGGGGCAAGGACACGGACUAUGCCCGGGAGUACGAGCAGAUUAAGGACAGCGUGAGGAAGCAGAGCCAGCGGGUUUCCUGUGCUGAGAUCAAGGACCCCUUCAUCUACAAGCCCAUCCUGAUUGCCGUGGGGAUGAGGUUCCUGCAGCAGCUCUCCGGGGUCACCUGUGUCCUCGUGUACCUGCAGUCGAUAUUCAAGAAAACGGCUGUCAUCCUGGUGAGCUCGGGUUGCCCUGUCAUCAGGGAUGUCUGCCCUGUCCUGGGUCUCCCCUCUCAGCUUCCCCACGGCUCUUGCUGUUGCAGAAACCAGAGUACGACGCAGCUCUUGUCGGCCUGGUGCGUCUGUUCUCGGUGGCGAUUGCUGCUGUGUCGAUGGAUAAAGCUGGCAGGAAGAUUCUUCUCUUUGUGUCGGAACGGCACCAUCGCCAACAGGACCCUGGCGAGCUCUGCCAGUCCUCCUGCUGAGUCCAUCAACUACAUCACCCUCAUCCCCCUCCUGGCUACCAUGUUCUUCAUAAUGGGCUAUGCCAUGGGCUGGGGCCCCAUCACCUGGCUGCUGAUGUCGGAGAUCCUCCCUCUGAAAGCCCGGGGGGUGGCCUCAGGCCUCUGCGUCGUCGUGAGCUGGCUGACAGCCUUCACCCUCACCCAGUUCUUCCUCCGGGUCGUGCCUUCGGCCUCGAGGUGCCGUUCCUGUUCUUCGCUGUCAUCUGCGCUGGGAACGUCUUAUUUACAGGCUGCUGCGUCCCAGAAACCAAAGGCAGGUCCCUGGAACAGAUCGAGGCCUUCUUCAGGACCGGGCGGAGGUCGUUCAUGAGGUAGGAGCUGCUGGCUGCACCGGGCCGCCAGCCCACACGCUCAAGGGCUAGAGAGAAAAUGGCUGUGGUGCUGGAGGUGGAAGCUGGAGGUCUCCGAAGAUGGUGCUUCCCCCCCAGGGGAGAGGAACAGGUGACAAUGACUGUAUUGCUUUGGACAUGGAUAUUGCCAACCCAAACUCUACCUUCUCUCCCAAGUCACUCAGCACUACCCGGUGCUCUCGGGGCAGCAUGUCAGCCCGAGGCAUGGGACCAUGUAACCGGCGCCAGGCUGGGACUAAAAGCAUUCUGGAAACUAAAAUGUGUGGCUGUGGACAAGAGACCUCGCACGUCCUUAGCGCAGCAGCCACCCAAGCAGCCCCAGAGCCCCCAGGCUUUGGCUGGAGCAGAGUUAACAGCUGUAGCUGUGCUGGCACCCAUUCAGCAUGUAGUUGCAAGAAUAAAGCAGUUUUGCCUCCAAGUGCAAGAUGUUGCCUUGGUUUGCAGAGAAGAAAGCUGAAGGGGGGUGGGAGGGGAGAGGCAGGCAGGGGCUGUGA